GGAAAAACCCAUACAAUGGUGGGGAGUCCAGCAGAACCCGGAGUUAUGGUUCGAGCGCUCAAUGAUAUUUUCCUGGCGAGUCGUCAAAUACCGGAAAACGUUGAUUUCGAAGUGACGAUGUCAUACCUGGAAAUAUACAACGAAAAUAUCCGCGACCUGUUGAAUCCCAGUACCGGUUACUUGGAGUUGCGUGACGAGUCUAGGGGUCGAAGUGUUCAUGUCGCAGGUCUCACAGAGAUAUCAACGAAUUCUACGGAGGAAGUGAUGAAGCUGUUGCACAGAGGGAACACAGCGAGAACUGUCGAGCCAACAGCAGCGAACGAGACGUCAUCAAGGAGUCAUGCAUUACUCAGUGUCCUGGUGAAACAAACGACAAAACCCAAAUCAGGAAAGGAUAUCGGUCAGCGGACAAGGGUCAAGCAGGGAAAACUUUUUAUGAUCGAUCUUGCUGGGUCAGAACGUGCCAAGCAAACAAAAAAUCAAGGGAAACGACUCCAGGAAGGUGGCCACAUUAACAGAUCACUUCUGGCCCUCGGUAACUGCAUCACAGCCCUCUCUGCAGGUGCAAGAUAUGUAAAUUAUCGAGAUUCAAAAUUAACUCGGCUUCUGAAAGAUGCCCUCGGGGGGAACAGUCGAACUGUCAUGAUCGCUCAUGUAUCUCCAGUGUCGGUUCACCGGGACGAGAGUAAAAAUACUCUCAUGUAUGCGGAUCGAGCCAACAGAAUCACAAAUAAAGUCGAGAGAAAUAUCGUCGAUGUUAAUUAUCACGUGUCCCAGUACCGCGACAUUAUCAGCGAUUUGAAGAACGAGAUUUCGAGACUCAGAAGGAAAAUGCACGACUCGGAGCGACCGCUAUCGAAUGUCGAUGAACCGAUCACGGAAAUGAAGUCCAAUGACUUGAGAACAUUGAGGGAGAAAAUUGUUUCGGUCUUCAAAGAGCAGAUGAGGUUGAGACGUAAGCUGAUGGAACUCGAUAGCCAUUUACUCGGUUUGAAUAUCGCGGGCGAACAACAGCACGCAAUCAUAGCCCACUGGGAAUCCCGGAACAAUAAACUGUACAAAGCGAGUAAAGACUCAACUAGAAGACGAUGCAGUGCAGACAGUCAAGUUGAGGAAGUGGAUAAUGAAGACUCUACAGAAGAAGGGGAGAUAGAUGAUCUGACCGUUCAACAAGCGUGGAACGAGUUAUCAGAGAUAAGCAGAGAGCAAGAGCGUUAUUCAGAGAUGAGAGCAUUGACAGAGCGAGAAUUAGAGAGUUGCAGACAGCAGAGUGCAGAUCUAGAAGACGAAUUGCCAUCCCAAAUAAAUUCGGAUCAGGAACGAGAAUUAUUAGCACUGAUGCUACGAGUUCACGAGCUUGAGGCAGACAAGAUGAUGCUACAGAGUGAGAGACUUGUGAAGCAACACGAAUUGAGGAGGAGAGAAUUAUUGCUGCUGAGGUAUGACAGACAGAGGCAGAUAUCGGAUGAAAUAAUUACACGUCAGAGGAGGAUCAUGGAGGAUGGAAAGCUCGAGCUUCCGAAUGAUCUCCAGGGGUUGUACGUUAUGUAUCAGCAGGAGAUUCAUGCAGCUGCUUACAAUGACAGCAAUCUUGUUGAUCUAUCUGUCUCGUCGAUGCUCUUCAACAAUCGAUUGCCCCCAAUCUCGAGAAACGUCGAGGUCUUGGAUGACAGCAGAAUACCCAGUAGUUCCACUGAUUCAGACUGGGAGUCACCGCUGCCUCCAAUUCCUGAACCUAGGGAAAUCGAGAGCGUCAUGGGACCGAUUGUUAGACCACUUCAUUCACCAGCUGUUUGCACCUUUCCACCGAUUUCUUCAGCUGCUUCGAGGAUCAGGGAUAAUAAAUUACGAAGAGUUGCCAGUGACAACAACGUGAGUCUGAUAAAACCAUUACGCGGAGGUAGACCCCGAGAUGUUGGAAAGCUAGAUCUACGAAAAUGAUCCGGAUGAGGAGUAAAACGAGGAAUUUACUGAUUAGCUACGUGUACCUGAAGACGAGCAGAUGAGAAUUUAGGGAGAG